UUUCUAUAUAAGAAGAAUCCUCCGCUGGCUUCCCCCACAUCUCAAAUCCAACCUCAACAAGAAGAAGAAGAAAAACGACUAAAAAUUUCGAAAAGUUUUGCGUUUUGUGUUAAGUUUUGAAGAUGAAGAUGAGCGGUGCGACGACGAAGAGGAGGGUCUCGAGCCGAGGGCUGGGCGGGGUUGUGAGAGAGCAGAGGGCUAGGCUUUACAUUAUCAGACGCUGUGUCGUGAUGCUUCUUUGUUGGCAUGACUGAGCGGCCACGGAUCCAAACGCUGCGUUUUGGUUUUGGUGGCUGCCUCUUGUAUAUACCUUGAAGGGUUUUGAGUUAACAAAAAUUUUUGUAUUGGGGUAGGCGUUUUAGUUUUUUGUUUUGAGGAAGCAAUUUAACGUGUAAAUCUGCAAUCCAUUAUAUUAUAUAUAUUCAUAUUCUACCAAUUUUAACGGCUCCAAA